CCCUGGAAUUAGUUAUUUGGGGUUUGUGUUUCAAAGUCAGACUAACUGCUCAAUCUAUCCUUGUUUCUUCGUUAUUUUGCAGUUGUUGUUGUGAAGUGAAUAUUAGCAGCCAUGCAGAGAGAGUCUGCGAACUGAAGCCGCAUUUGCGGUGAUUGCUAAACUUGGCAAAUAACACAAAGACUUAAAUUGCAACCCAUAAGCAGUUCAGCAGACAAGCUGUCGCGCCGCCGAGCGAAUUUUCGCACGCACGCAAAGAAAAAGGUAUACCGCGAAGCAAAACGAGGGUGUCACCAAUUUAGCCUUUCUCUCCCUCUCGUCAGAGGGUGCGGAGAAGGAAGAGGGAAAGGCGCCAUCAAGAGAACUUAGCCUCGGAAAAGAAGAACAUUAGGCUGGGCGCGGCGGUCGAAGAAACACAACUACGUGCGCCAGGAAGAACACAACCUAUAGAAGCGCGGCAGAUAGCCUGAAGACGGGCGUAUCGUCCGCCAACCACGGAGGCGAGAAUCGUUUAGUUGCUGACGACACAAUGGGCACCAGCACAUCGUCCAUUGUUUCGUCACAAUAUUGGAAAUGGACUCGCGCGAAACUUCGACUGCCUAAUUCAGCAGCUUGGAUGCAUAGCUUCAUAUGUCUGUUGUUUUGUCUGCAAGUCGUGGCGGGUUACGAACGGAUUGACUUCAUAUCAAGAUUCAACUUGAGUAGUUCCAAUCUUCCAAGAACUGAGGGUUAUUGUGACAACGGAUAUCUAGAUUCCUAUGAGUUUUCUUCGGGACAAUCGAAGACAGUUAAAACUCGAGAAAUUUUUCCAGAGGGUUUUUUUCCGGAUGAGUUCAGUAUUUUUGCUACAAUCAAACCAUACAAGAAUCAGAAGAGUGCACAUCUAUUGUCGCUCCGUCAUGAAGAUGAAUGGAUUCAACUUGGUGUUCAAGUUGGAACGCAACCUGAAUUUUAUUAUCAGGACAUGAAACGACCGGUUGUGGAGCAAAGAAAUGCUGUGUUUGGAACAAAGAAGGAUCCUGUGGCAUUUUCAUCGAAAGAAUGGCACCGGGUAGCUUGGUCAGUAUACAAUGAUCGAGUGCAAUUCUAUGUUGACUGUGACUUAGUAAUGGACACGAACAUCACAAGGAAAAACUUCAAAACUUUGCUGAAUGGCGAUGGUGAUUUAAUCAUUGGUGAUCCUGGGAAGUCAAAUGUUGGAUUCAAAGGAUCGAUUUACCAACUUGAAAUGACGAAUGAUCCAACCCAUGCCGGUUUCAUGUGCCAAGACUUUACGCCAGGUUGUCUACAGAUGGCUGCGGGAUUUUCUCCACCUGAGAUCGAAGUUGAAGUGGGUGGGUCUGAAGGUGACUUCGAUAGUCUCAUAAUUCCAACUAGAACUCCAGGAGGAAGAGGAGAUGGUGGAGAUUCAUCUGAAACAGAUGGCAGUGGCGACAACACAAAAGGAGCGAAGGGGCAAAAAGGCGAUCAAGCUGUGAUGGAACCUGGAAUGUUCAUUCCUGGUCCUCCAGGACCAAUGGGACCUAAGGGAGAUCCUGGACCUCCUGGGUAUCAAGGAGCACCUGGUGUACCUGGUGAACAUGGUGAAAGGGGAGAGCCUGGUAGAGAUGGUAUUCCAGGACAGAAAGGACUUCCUGGGCCUGCAGGACAACAAAUUAUGAUCCCGUUUCGUAUGCCUACAUCUGGAUCGGAAAAAGGGCCAGGAGGGCUUGCGGCUUCAGAGCUACAAGCACAAAUGAUGAUAUCCCAAGCCAGAAUUGCACUUCGAGGUCUUCAAGGGCCCAUUGGUUUGCCUGGAGCGUCAGGCCCUGUUGGUGUACCGGGUCUGCAAGGUAUCAAGGGUGAACCAGGAGAUCCUGGCCCGAUGGGUAUUAGAGGUUCAAGAGGACCACCUGGACAACCUGGAAAAGAGGGAAAAUCUGGUCGACCAGGUGCACCAGGAACCAGAGGAAUAUCAGGGCCUCCUGGCAACAAGGGUGAAAGAGGUUACAAUGGAAUGCCAGGAGUUCCAGGCCACAAGGGAUAUAGGGGAUUGCCGGGUGAAAGAGGACCCAAAGGACUUCAAGGGCCUGGAGGUUCCAACGGAAAACCAGGAGAAGCAGGACCCAGGGGAUUGCCAGGCCAGCAAGGACCACGUGGGCUAAUUGGACAUAAAGGUUCACCUGGAACUAGAGGACCGAUGGGUCCCAGGGGUGUUGAUGGUCCGGCAGGUAUAAAGGGAAGUUUAGGACCACAAGGUAUUCCAGGUCCCCCGGGACAGCAGGGACCACCAGGUUCACAGGGUGUUACAGGACCCCAAGGCCACAUGGGACCCCCAGGAGCCAAAGGACCAGUUGGAAAAUCAGGUUUGCCUGGAUUACCAGGCCAAGACGGAGUAGCAGGUCAUCCCGGAAAAGAAGGGACUGUAGGAGCGAAGGGAUCAUUGGGACCAGCAGGAGGACAAGGACCCCAAGGUUUUCCCGGCUCAAGAGGAGUGACGGGUGAAUCGGGCGUCAGAGGACCCAAGGGACACAAAGGGGAAAAGGGUGGUGAUGGUCUUUCUGGGUUCAAAGGUGACAUGGGACCAAAAGGAGAUCAGGGUGUUUUGGGACCUCCAGGACCUCGUGGAGCAGAUGGUCCGGAUGGAUCAAAGGGAAGGGAAGGUCAAAGAGGGGAACCUGGACCUCCUGGAACACAAGGAGAAAAAGGAAAUGUUGGUGUAACUGGAAUGCAAGGUUAUCCCGGAAGAAGAGGAAUAAAGGGAUCCAAAGGAUCAUCAGGCAGAAGUGGUUUGAACGGGCCCAAAGGAGGCAGGGGACCAUCUGGAAAAGCAGGAGAUCAAGGACAAAGAGGUCCACGGGGACCAAGGGGAGAUCGUGGUCUUCGUGGAGUAGCUGGGAAGCCCGGUGUAAAAGGCGAAAGGGGGCAAGAUGGGCCAACUGGAGCUAUUGGGGAAAGAGGACCACCUGGGCCUCUUGGUCCUAUUGGUUUCCAAGGAUCCAAAGGGCCUCCAGGUCCAGCAGGAAAAGACGGUUUGCCAGGCCACCCAGGAGCUCGUGGUGACACUGGGUUCCAAGGUAAAACAGGUCCACCUGGUCCAUCAGGUGUGGUGGGACCUCAGGGACCCAAUGGAGAGAUUGGACCCACAGGAAUGACUGGACAUCCUGGACCACAAGGUUUGUCUGGUGAACCUGGACUCCCCGGAAGUUCUGGAAAAGAAGGAGCAAAGGGGGAUCCUGGCCCGGCUGGGUUGCAAGGUAAAGUAGGACCACCUGGGCUACAAGGCUUUCCGGGCAACAGAGGUCUUCAAGGUGAAAGGGGACCGGCUGGAGUGAAAGGUAGUGAAGGGCCAGCAGGACCACCGGGACCACAGGGUUCAUCUGGUGCAGCUGGGCCUCCCGGACCAACAGGAGCUAUCGGACAACCAGGAAGACCAGGACCGGAUGGACCAGCAGGCUCAGCGGGAGAAAAGGGCGAACCGGGCGAAAUGGGUGCUAUUGGACCAGCUGGUAGAGAUGGAUUGCAAGGACCCCCUGGUCAAACAGGACCAACUGGACUAGUUGGCGGUAGAGGCGAAGAUGGUGACAAAGGUGAAACUGGACCACCAGGUGCGCAAGGGCUCAAAGGUUCGAAAGGAGACUUUGGUCCUCCAGGACCACCAGGAGAACAAGGACCAAUUGGACAACCUGGUCCUGCCGGAAAUGAUGGAGAACCUGGACCAAGGGGACAACAAGGUCUACAUGGAGCAAAGGGUGAUGAAGGAUCUCGUGGCUUCUCUGGUCCCCCAGGACCGAGAGGAUUGCAAGGAAUUCCUGGGUCAACUGGUUUGAAGGGUGACAAUGGUGAUACUGGACCACUUGGACCUCCUGGACCAAUUGGGCAACGGGGGCCACAGGGUACAUCAGGUGUUGAGGGUCCAAUGGGUCCACCUGGAGCUAGAGGUCAGCCUGGUAGUGUUGGUGAAAAAGGAGAUGCAGGCAAUCCUGGAGCACCUGGAGGUCCCGGCAAUAUGGGGCCAGCAGGGUCAAAAGGUGCCUCGGGAACGAAAGGAGAUAGAGGAACAGAUGGAUCUCAAGGUGAGCCAGGACCGAGAGGACCACGUGGUAAAGAUGGACCUAAAGGACAUCAGGGACCAAUUGGAUUCCCUGGUGACCCAGGUCCCCAAGGUAUGAUGGGACCUCCUGGUGUUGACGGUGAAGCUGGUGAUAAAGGUGAAGAUGGAGAUCAAGGGGAACGGGGACCACCAGGGCCUGAAGGCGACUCUGGACCUCCUGGAGAAGCUGGACCAAGAGGACCUGCAGGACCAGAGGGGAAAGAGGGUAGAUCUGGUGAAAAAGGAGCAAAGGGUGACAUUGGUGAAGUUGGUCCCAUGGGAAAAACUGGACAGCCAGGUUCAAUAGGAAAACCAGGAAAGCAAGGAAAUGAUGGUCUUAUGGGUCCACCAGGACCAGAGGGAAUGCAAGGAGACUCCGGCCCGCCAGGACCAACAGGUCCAAAUGGAAAAGAGGGACCAGCUGGAAUAAGAGGGGAAAAGGGAAAUUUGGGAUUACCUGGACAAAAGGGUCAUCCUGGACUGAUGGGAUUGAUUGGUCCACCUGGAGAAGAAGGACCCAAAGGUUCCAGAGGUUUACAAGGCCCGGAAGGAGGGGUGGGAUCGAAAGGUGAUGAAGGUAGAGAUGGACCUGCUGGACCGAUUGGGCCACAAGGACCUCCUGGUUUGCCUGGAUCUUUUGGUAUCAAAGGAAACAAAGGAUCUGAAGGCCCUCAUGGUCCGAAGGGUAAUGAAGGACCACCUGGUCCACCAGGACCACCCGGACCACCUGGAAAAUCAUAUGACCCAUCCCCGUAUAAUGGCGCAUCCUCCUUCAAGGCAGAGUCAAGAAAGAGAAGAGAUGCUGUUUUCAGAAUGGAUGAUCAUCCACAAGGCAUGGAAGAAAUAUUUAUGGGACUUGAUUCACUUGCCCAAGAAAUCAGUGAUCUGCAAGAAAAGAUUGGAAUUGAGCCGAAUGGAUCACGGGAAAACCCAGCUAGAUCUUGCAAAGAUCUCUGGCUCUGUCAUCCUGAUUAUGAAUCUAAGGCCUACUGGAUUGAUCCAAAUGGAGGUUGCCAUGCUGAUGCCAUCGAAGUAUUUUGCAAUUUUGAAUUGGAAGGUGAAACUUGUUUGACACCAGGAACGGAAAAGCAAAAUCCACAUCGAUGGCCAAAGGCAACUCCUGGAACUUGGUUCAGCUCAUACAUUAAAGGAUACAAGAUCGAAUACGACAUCCCAGAAACACAAAUGAAAUUUCUUCGCCUUCUUUCAUCAAAGGCUAGACAGACUUUCACCUAUAUCUGUGUUAAUUCUGUUGGAUGGGAAGAUUCUGAGGGAAACUUUGAUCAAGCUGUUAGAUUGAUGGGAGCGAAUGAAAUGGAAAUCACCAAGCAUUCAACUGAUCCCAAAAUUACAGUUGUCAGAGAUACAUGCAUGAAUGGCACUGGACUUGGUGAAGUGAUGAUGGAAAUUGACUCAGAAGAUCUUGAUGCAUUGCCGAUUGUUGACUACAAAGCAUUCGACUUCGGAGAAAGCAGUCGACAGCGUCAUGGUUUCAAAAUGGGAGAUGUUUGUUUCAGUGGCUGAGAAACGUUGUUUUAUGGCAGAAUUUGGUACAUGAUAUUGCUUAACUUUUUCAAGUCAGUGAUGUGAAAACAGGAUUUGUGUUUGGAAAGAAACAUGCACCUCUGAAACCUUCAGCAAUCAUAAUAUGUACACUGCAAAAUAAAAUAAUAAGUUGCACUUCACGAAAAGCGGAGGUAGAAUUCAUGAAAUGAGACAUUGUUGUUUCUGUAAUUUUUUAUAGUAUUAUAUCGCAAACAAGCGCAAUAUUUCAACUGUGACGAUUGUAUUUAUGUUGCUUUUUAUGUUAUAUGUUCCGUGUAGGACACCUAGACUAAGCCUUGUGUAGUCUGUGCUUUGCCAGUGCAGUCUAUCGCUCAUCGGCUUUUUAACUCAAUUUAUGUAAUGGAAUUUUCUCGAUGAACCCUUGUGGAAUGCGGGUAAUUAUGUGCUGGUAUUACCCGAAUUUCAACAAGGAAAUUGUGAUUCAAUUAUUUGGUAAUUAAUUGUGAAUUUGACUGUUAAAAUUCUCCUGAGCCUUGAAAAUGGGGAUCUGCGUGCUGGCUUUUCCCCAUUUUCAGUCUCGCUGAGUAUUGCGAAAUAUAUGACUGACUUUUAAUUGAAAACAGUAAAUGUUAAUUAGUUUUAUGUUAUGUGUUUAUUGUCCACAUAUGUCAUGGUCCACUACUAACUCCGAUCAGUGAUUGUCAUUUUUGUUGCUGUUCUUUCCUUUGUCCUGAUUAGAUUAUCUGUGUCCAUAUGAAGCAAUGCUUCGUAUACGACUUAUAACUACUAUACUUCAAGAAGUUGCAUGUUG